AGGGUGAUCAUAAGAUCGAGUGGGGGUGGUAAACCAAGGGGGUAGGUAGUCUAAUACCCGAAUAGUCCAAGCUGAGCAAAGCGUGAAAUCCAUGGUCAAGUGUCAUGUCACAAAAGGCCUUGUGCUACACGUUGAUGCUCCAGUCAAGCAAUACAUCAUGGAUCUCGAUAACAAGUAUGACAACGCGAUCGUAGUAUUCGAUAUGCAGGCGGAUGAAAAUAAGAUCUUUGUGAAUCCAACCUUCACCGACAAGGGCGGGAGGGAGCAAGACACAGUGGAGUGGCUUCAGAACCAUCUAGACCAGCACCUUGAGAACAUCACCUUCAAACCGGAGACGCACAACGCGCGGGGAUGAGGGAGGCAAGCUGUGGUCUCAGAUAGCAUGAGCUACAGCAAGGGUCAGCCCAUCCGUUUUCACGGCAACAACGAUCAUCAGAUCGCCGGCGCCACUGUCCGAGGUGUGUUUGUGAGUGGUGGACGGAAUGGGGAACGCAAGGACGGAGUCCUUAUGUAAUCAUGAAGCCAAGAAUCUCCAGACGAGAUACAUUCCAACAGCAAUGGAUGCGGCUUUCAGAGCAUAGUCGAAAAUCUUGGUUCUCUGCCACGGAGAAAGCACACUUCAGUGAGAACCAAACAAGACCAGUAAUUGUAAUUGUGUGUGUGAAUGAAGCUAGAGAAUCAGA